AUGUCAAUCCAACGGCUCCUAAGCCUAAUCCUAUUUCCGUCCUUUGCCCGUGCCGCCAUAGAACCUGUGUCCCCCGGUCCCGGCGACGUGUUCAGAUCUGGAUCACCCUGUCCCAUCUCUUGGAAUACCGACCGGUCCGGCCCCACCCAGUCAUGGAAAAACGCAACCAUAUACCUCAUGUCUGGCUCCAACGGGAACAUGUCGAUGGUCACGACCGUUGUCGAGCAUCUAGAUGAGACUAACAUGACAUCGUAUAACUGGCUAUGCCCUGACGUGGCACCCAAUGCAGCCAUUUACUUUUACCAGUUUUCGAAUAACGGGGUACCGACUGGAUCCACUUGGACGUCUCGAUUCACAAUUGCUUCGUAUUCUGGCAACACCACUCUUCCUGAAAACAGCAAGCAGCCUGACAGGGCUCCUAUCCCGUGGGGCGUCGGACAUCUUGUAACCCCCAAGAGCACGAAUCCCUCGAGCCCAAACGUUUCACCUCGGAGCCGUUCAUUACCAAUCCCUCCAUGCGAAACACUAAAACAUCAUCAAUGCAUGACAUCCCCGGAGGACGCUUCGUUCUCCCAUACUAAAAGUCCCGCUAACCCCCCUCUUCGACAACGCAUAGUCUUGCGCCCCACCGUAACAGAUCAAGUCAAGCCCAUGCGAGAGAGAAGACCUUCAAGCAGAGGUAGUCGCGGAGGCCCUGAUCUGAGCGUGCAUAUCCUAUGUGCUCUGGCAACAUUGUGGUUGAUGGUUUUGUAG